GUUUGCUAUUGGUGGAUCUCAUGUGAGUGACAGGUUGCCCCGCCCUCAUCAUCAGAGAAGAGAAGAGAUGCUGCAAGAGGAAGAUAUUCUGAUUCAAGAUUACCAGGAAUAAUGAUGAUGUGCACCGAUAAAUGAUUUAGAAUAAACACUGCAAUAUUCCAUUAAAAAAAACAAGUCAGCGAGCAGCAUCUGACAGGUACGGCAGAAAUGCCUGGGGCUUCAUUAGAUGUGGAGGAUUGGAGGUUUUCAGGUUGCUUUUUGGUGUUUUUUUUCAGAAACACUUGAUGGUUCAUGCAGCUCAGCGAGUGCAAACUGAAAUAUUUGACCACAGUCUGUAAAUCAAAGCUGCAGAUUUUCUUAUGCAUGUUAAAGAUCUUAUGUUGAACUAUUUAUUAUUAAAUAUUAUUACUAUUUAUUAUGAACUAUUAUUUUGAACCCGCCUCCAUUUUUGAGUGAUGCAUAGAACCAAGACUCGAUAUCUGCAGCAUUUUGCUUCUCCAGUAACAGUAAGAAUGUAUGAAACCAGACGAAAGCAUCAUGUUUGUGAGAGCGGAGGUGAUUUCUGCCAGUCACUGAUGUUUGUAAAGUGAAUCAGACGGUCAUAAUGUCGUGUAUCUGGUGUUUUUCUGCACUAGCAACAUGUUUAUUUGAUAUUCCAGCUGCACAGAAACCUGUCAGGAUGAAGCUCCAGAAAUUGUUUCACUGACGUGUGGAGAAUGAGAAGAAAACAAAAGAUCUCCAGUGCGAUAAACAACCGCAGGCCUGAGCGUCAGUCUGACAGGAAUAAAGCUGUUGUGAAGCCAAUGGUUUUGAAGACAAAUAACAACAUUCAGAAUAAUUCUGUAACGCAAACCUGCAGUUUUAACAGAACAGCACGUGUGUCUCUCAUGUGUGUCUGUAUGUUGUUGUGAUGUUGAACAAUGAUGUGCUGAAUAUUCUCGACCCGUUUGUCCAUCCGUCUGUGUGUCUGUUUGUGAUUCUGCAGGAAACACUCACAAACACACUAAGAAAAAACAUGAAAAAGGUUUAUAUUGGGAAAACUGCAGUAAAAGCACCAAGAAAUGGUGGUAAACAUCAGAAGAGAAGUUCAGCGCAGGAGCAGAAGGAGGAUCUGCGCAGGCGUCUCGGCUGCACCACACACAAGCUGCAGCUGCUGGAGAGCGAGUUUAAGUCGACUCGUCAGUAUCUGGAGACGGAGCUUCGACGAGCGCAAGAGGAACUGGACAAAUUCACUGAGAAACUGCGCAGGAUUCAGAGCAGCUACGCGGCACUACAGAGAAUAAACCAGGACAUGGAGGAGAAAAUCCACAGAACGACUCAGCGUUACGAAGAGGAGAAGAGAUCUCUGAGUCGAGAGAUCGUCUCGCUCAAUAAACACCUGAUGGACGCCAAGAUCACCAUCCAGAAGCUGCGAGCGGAUAACGAUCUGUACAGGAAAGACUGUAAUCUGGCAGCUCAACUGCUCCAGUGCGGAAAAUCUCCUUACAGAUCGCACAGACUCUCUGAGCUUCCCGCUGAUCUUCAGGAGCGAGUGAGUUCCCACAUGGAGAAGCAGGGUCAUGGCCAGAGCGUAGCGCUGCAUAACUCCUGCUCAGACGCCGUUCCCACCGCUGUCAUCGGCAGGGUCCUGGAGAAACCGGAGCCCGGGAGAAGCUGUCCAGUCACGCGCUCGCCGAGCCCUCAAGCUCAAGAAAUCCCGUCCAGCACGGACAAAGUUCAGAGGCGCGCGGCGUAUAAGUUGUCAGAUCUGUACUGCAGCGACACGGCGCUAUACUGUCCCACCGAUGAGCGGCGGCAUGACCGCUGGCUGGAGCGACGGCAGAGCGCAGACCAGAGCGGACAGAUCCGAGGACACACUGACAGCAACCCAGAAGAUGAGAGUUUGCCUCAGAAUUUCUCUCUGCACGAAGACCCUUUCGGAUCUCUUCCGGCCUGUUAUUCCAGCUUCAGUAUGGCGUUGGAUGAGAAGACUCAAGUGUCGUCGUCCCAGCAAGCUCUGUUCACUGACUGGCGUGAUGGAGACUACGAGCACAAGAACCCAUCCUCGUAUGGAAAGGAACAUCCAGGAUUUUCCAAGUCGAGCAGCUUCCAGAACGGCGGUUCUCUGGCACACGGCUACAGCGCAUCUGAAGCUCACGGGGACAGACAGGUCCAUGUCCCUGAAGAUCCGAGAGGCGGCUGGCGGCAGAUGAGCGUGGAGGACAUGAAUACCUUCUUCUGCAGCCCUAGACGAGUUUCGCCCUUCAGUUUCUCAGAGCGGCACUUUGCGGUCAGUCCUGCCAAAAUCAAACUGGGUCCCCUUUACAGCAGCUUCCAGGAGGGAGACCACGUCUUCCACACGCGAGCACCAGAUCUGCGGUUCCCUGCGUCAGUGGGAUCAAGUCCCGCGAUGAACCCAAAGAUUAGCCUGAAAGCAUUGAAGAAGGGCUUGAUGUUCCGCUCAAAGGAUGCUGGUCAGGACUCAACGAGCAGCUUCUUCAAAGACAAGCAGAACACGGAUGAAGACGCUUUACGGAGCGAUUACGCACAUGAAAGUCCCAGUAGUUCUGUCGAGUCACUAAAGAGUCUGGACAUCCAGCACUACAAGAAGGAUCUUCAGAAAAAGACGCCACAGUAUGAAAAGUCUGGAAACGCGGGACUCAGUCGCAAAGACAGUCUUACCAAAGCACAGCUUUAUGGAACGCUGCUUAACUAACCAUCAGUGUUCAACGUACUGCGGUUCAGUGCAAAAACUGAUGUUCUUCCUCAGUGUUUCUGUCUUGUUUUCCAGCACAAAUAUCUAAACAUUCUUAACUCAAGACACAUUUACUGGAGAAGCAAAAUGACAAAAUGAAAAAUUGAUGAAAAUUAAAUGAGUUUGUGCUUAAAACAAGAACAGAUGUCUGCCAAUGAAGUCAUAUAAUCUUAAUUCAAAGGGAAAACAAGAUGGUUUUCCUAACCCUUUGACAUAUUUGUUCUUGUUUUCAGCACAAACUCACUUUAUUAUGAUGCCUUUUUCAGAAAGCAAGACUUAAUAUAUUCAGUCAGAAGAUAUUUUUUUUGCAGUGUUAAAAGCUUAAAAUAAUGUCAACAUGUUUGCAAAACCAUUUUCCUGUUGCAUAUUUGUAUUGUGGGAUUUUAUCAUGGUGAGUUUUAUUGGAUGAAGAAAAAUGACCAAUGGUUGUAUA